CGCUAAACCAUUCCUUCAGAAACAAACAAAACAGUAAUACGAAUGACGGAAAUUGUGCUCAUGCAUCUCGUAGACGAAUAACGAUGACUUCGAUUCAUCCAAAUGAACCAACUUGAACCUCAACCAUGCUCAACCGUCUUUAAGCCAGCCAUCCAGCUUUGUCAAUACUCGUAGCGUUUCCUUUUGUUCAUAGCACCCUUUUACAUAGAAUGAAUUAGCUAUACAUUCUUCCUAUUACCCACUACUGCCUUCACCUGUCAUUUAUCUCGAUCAUGGAAACACAACUAUUAGAACAAACACUGAAAAGAAUGCUCUCUGGGUUAGAAGAAAACAGACGCCAAAGAGCAGAAUUGAGAAGACAAGUCCGGAAACAAAUGGUCGUAACAAAAGAAAUGCAGUCAUUACAAGAAGCUGCUCUGUGUCGCAUGACGGAUAUUAAAAAUGAAAAAUAAAAAAGAUUAAAAAGGAAUAAAAAAUGAAAGAGUGACAAGUAAAUGGAGCCGAUAAGAAAGCAAAAAAAAAAGAGAGAGGAUUCUCGACAUCAUCAAAAGGAACUUUCGAUGCUUUAUGAAAAACCUGAAGAUCAACGGAAAAAGGAAAAGACAGGGACCAUCGGGUCUGCACAUGGGAGGGAUUUCAGAACUGCGGAGCAAAACCGUUGUCUCCUUACGGGAGCGUCUCUUCGGUUUUUUCGGUGAAGGAGCCAUCUGAUGAAUCAGACACAAACUUCAUGUCAAACGUGCGGUCCACUCGAAUAGUCAAUUGUGUUCCCGAGGGUGGAUUGGUGUUGUCUUUCAUCGUUUGCAGCUUUUGAGCCGUGUGCGUGGCCCACAAACUUGAUAAUGGCAGCGAAAUGAUGAGAAGACACUGUGUCAUCGAACUGAACCCAUCGUAUGUAUGUGUAAAACUGUCAAUAAGCGUAAAUAUGGCAGGCACAAUGAGACACUGACAGCUCACAAUGAAAAUACACUGCAUUGGCCCGAACGGGAACUGACCAAUUUUGCGCCGGAUGUAUAUGGCACGCAUCAGUUUAAAAGAAAACACAGAGCUGUGGAAAAUAAUGCUUGCUGCAAAUGUGAUCUUUGCAAUAAAGUAUAGCCAGCUGUAGCCGACGAUCUGUUUCAUGUUGUAAUUCUUUAGGAACAACUGGUAUGCGAUCUCCUGGCUCAUGUCUGUGAUCCAAAAUGCCAAUGUGACAACGGUGAAGAUACAGCUGAUUACAGUCGUGGUAAUCAUCGUUGGUCGAUGUUGCGAACAAAUAAUACGAACCUGUAGCAUCAAACUCAUUUCUGCAAUGAACAGGAUAAAAGGUCCCAACAAUAAGAUGAUGAUGUUGAAUGCGUGUACAUAUUGCCGAACUGCGGCAAAUGCAAAACCGUAUUGAACGGCAAUACUGUAGUUGUUGCUUGCAAGGACAAUUACCUCGAAGAUGGCUCUUAGAGUCAUCACCAAGUUUCCGGCAAAGUUGAAAAUAAACACAGGUUUCUUGCGCUUCUCACUGCUAGAAAAGAUACACAUUAACACGAGAAUGAAGCUUCCUAAGCCGACUUGUACUGCGACUGUCAUUCCGGUCAACAGACGAUUUCUUUCCAUGGAAUCAAUUUCAGAGAUUGGCAACUGGAUAGUGCUGACAAUUGUCUCUAGCGUGACAGUUUGGUUGAGAACCUCUGCUUGCUUUGGUGAACGGAACUCGUCCCACGAAUACAUAAUGUUGCAAUAGUAGAACACGAAUUGUCAACUGGAUGAUGCUUCAGAGAAUUGAAAUGAAACAGGCUCAAAAAGAGACAGGAUAAAAUAGUAGUCUUUAUUCCGACAAGGGAUUUUCACUUUGACAGCCUCAACAGCCUCAAUGGAUUGUAGCUUCUUGGGCACCAAUUACUGAAAAUUGAAUCAACGACCUACAGGACGAUUCCUCAAAUCUGCAAUACACACAAGUAUUCUUUGCAAUGAAUUGCUACUUUUGGGAUUCUAUGCGGCAUCUCCCUGGCCUUUUAUGCAUUUCCGACUAAUUUUCAUAUUGUCCCUUACUAAUGGCCGACAUUGUUUCAGGCCCAUUAUAUCAAGCACAAAGCACCACAUUGUAUCGGGCAUGGAGGAGUACGAGCAUUACCGGGAUUUGGCGUCGGAAGUUGCAAGAAAAAGGGCAAAGUAUUUUGAAGAAUCAAAAGCGGCCUACGAACGCGGAGACAAAGCCCAAGCACAUGAGCUCAGUACACUGGGGAAACAAUGCUCCGUUGAGCUGGAAAAAUACAAUCGCCAAGCCGCUGCUGCAAUAUACCGCUACAAGAAUACUCAGUGUCAGCCUGACGAGAUUGACUUGCACGGCCUUUACGUGGACGAAGCAGUACAGGCAGUAGAACAACGCAUCCAAAACUGCUACAAGUUUGGUUUCGACCACUUGCACAUUAUCGUUGGUAAAGGCACACACAGUGCAAACCAUGUAGAGAAGUUACGACCAGCUGUUCUCCAAAAACUGCAGGAACUUUCUCUUCGUUUUCAGUCUGAAGAAAAUGCUGGUCGCAUUCUCGUACACAUCCCCGUUACCGUUCCCUCUGCACCUGUUUCUGUUCCUCCUCAAGUUCCUCAAGUACCUCAAGUACCAGUUGCAGCUGGAGCUGGAGCAGCUCCUGUUGCAGCUCAACAACAACAACAACAACAACCAGCAGGUACAGGUGCGGAGAAUAUUGCCGAGGAAGUUGUUUCUUGUUGUCUUCCCAGUCUCAAGUCGCUGUGUACAAUUAUGUAAUUUCCCUUCCGGCAAGAGUACAAACUCGUACUCCUCACUCCUAUAUUGCAUACAUUUUUGGUAAACGUCUUUUCUAAAAAAUCAUUUCUGAAAGAUCCAGAGUGCUUCAACGGGUUCGGCUUCUUUCUUUUUGUUUUGUAUAUAUGUAUAUCCUAUACAAUAGUAGUCUAAAAGAAAAAUAAAAAAAAAAGGUACUAGACCUAUCCACAUUUGUAUAAACAAGUAUCUUGAAAAAUUAAAUGUUGUUUUGUGAGUUCUUGCUUUUAA